AUGGAAUUCUGGAGAAGGAAGAAGGAAAAGGAGAAGGCGAGAAAUUGGUUCCUCAGAAAUGGGAGCCUGUUUCUUGAGCAACACAUAGCAGACUGUAACGGCAUAUCCAAUCCUAUAAGAAUAUUCUCUUUCCAUCAAAUCAAAAAGGCCACGAAUAACUUCGAUCCCAAGAGCUGUAUCUCUGAUAAUAGAAUACCAUUACUCACCUGGUACAAGGGCAGCAUCGAAGGCAGAUCUUACUCGAUCAAGAAAUCAAGGCAAUUGGUUGGAACGGAGCCUUACAACGACAUUGUCUUGUCUGCUCAAGUGAGUAAUAACUAUAGAUUUUUGAACGAUCGAGGAAGUGUUGGUCGCAGGGCCGCGCCGUUGUUGCCGUGGAACGUACAUAACGUUUUGUUGGAUAAGAAUGGGACUGCUAAGCUGAGUGAUUUAUCAGAGGCAGUAACACUCCCUGAGGGUAAACCGUGGAUUGAAGAACCGCGUUUGUUUGGAACUAUGGGAUACAUAGAUCCUAUUUAUGGCUUGACGGGAAUAGUGACAGAAUAUUCCGAUGUGUACAGUUUUGGAAUCCUUAUUAUGUUGGUUCUUCUCAUGGGAAAACCAGCAUAUUUGGCUGGACUAAAUUCCCCGCUGAGUCCUAAAAUGUUCCUUUUUGAUUAUGUGAAGUAUGUGCAGGAGAGAGGUGAAGCUGUUGAGUUCGGGGGUGAUUCCAACGACAUGAAGCCUGGUCAGAUGAAAAUGUUUCUCGAACUGGCACUGAGAUGCUGCGAGGAGAAGAAUGAAGACAGGCCAAAGAUGAUCUUGGUGGCAAAAGAGAUCAAGCUCAUAGAACAAGCAUUACUCGAGGAUGGUCAGACUUAAGAUUUAAGAUUAUGCUCAUCAUGGGGUUGUGUAUUGUAUGUUGUUUAUUGCUGGAUUUCUUACCUUUUAUAGUGUAUGCUUUUUCAGUAAAACUGUAUUUUGGUUAAGAAAGACUUUUGAGUGUAAAUAAAUCUAUCUUUUGAUUCUGAAAGCAGGC